UAGAACAUAUGCUCAUUGUUUCACUAUCUAAAUAGAAUAUAUUCUACUCACAUGUUUUUUUGAAGUAAUAUAUAUUCUGGUCACAUUUUUUUAUUUUGAAGUAUAUAUUCUGGUCGAUCACAUAGUACUUCUAUGACUAUAUAUUGCAAUAAACAUGAGGAGGAUAAACAUUGAACCAUCCAAAAUAAGUAAGAAAAAUACAACUACUACAAUGAACCAAAGACAAGACAUGCGAGUCCUUGAAGAAGAAGAAGUUGAUCAGCUGAAACAAUCUCUUCCAAAAGUAAAUUGGAUGGGUAGUAAAAUCCAACUCCUAAAAAUCCAAGACUUCUGGCAUCUUCCUUCUCGUAUCUCUAAUAUCCUUACAUUCCAAAAACAUUUCAUUGCUCAAGACACUGAUCUUUUCAUCACUAGCUUUCCAAAAACUGGCACCACUUGGUUGAAAUCUUUACUCUUUUCCAUCACAAAUCGAUCUCUUUACCCUCCUAAACAAAGCCCUUUACUUACUCAUAAUCCACAUGAACUUGUGUAUGAUUUAGAAACUGGUGUUUAUGGUGAAAACCCAAAACUCCCACGUCCGGAUCAACUUAACGAUCUACCUGCACCAAGGCUCCUUCAUUCGCACAUCCCUUACGCAUCACUUCCUGAAUCUAUCAAAACUUCUAAUGCUAAGAUCUUAUACAUUUGUCGAAAUCCCUUAGACACACUCGUAUCACAGUGGCAUUUUUAUCCGAAUGCGAUUAAGAAGGUGAUGGGAGAUGAUGAAGAUUUCCAACCCCCUUCUAUAGAAGAUUAUUUUGAGGAGUUUUGUCAAGGUACUGUUUUAUUUGGGCCGUUUUUUGAACAUGUAGUUGGAUACUGGAAGCAGAGUUUAGAACAACCUGAUAAGGUAUUGUUCUUAAAGUACGAGGAUUUGAAGGAGAAUCCCGUUUUAUAUUUAAAGAAAUUGGCAGAAUUUAUUGGUAUGCCAUUUUCUACUGAGGAAACAAAUGAGGGUGUCAUCGAAGAAAUUAUAGAGUUGUGUAGUAUUAAAAAUCUUAAAGAACUAGAGAUUAAUAAGAGUGGUUUGCACACCAAGCAUGUUGAUAACAAGGCGUUCUUUAGGGACGGGAAGGUGGGAGGUUGGACUCAAUAUAUUACAGCUCCCAUGCUCGAGAGGAUGAACAAAUUGAUGGAACAACAACUUGGGGGUACUGGUUUGUCCUUUGAUUUGCACGAGGCUGAAUAAAUCAAUUAUACUAUGUAGUUUGGCAUACAUAGUAUGGUAUUUUUACACAAUAAUUAUUGUGUAAACUUAUUUAAUAUGCUUUUCAUCUCUACUUCAAUUUGUAAUAAUUUGAGUGUUUCUGCUCAAUUUAAGUUGCUUUCCCUUAAAAACAAAUGUUGCUUAACGAAAUAAAGUGUGGUAUUUUAGUUUGUAUUUCAA